AUACAAAUGCUAGAUUUUAUUUAAUUUGAGAGCGAAAGGAGCCAUACAGUGAUACAAAUUACAGGCAGUGUGUGGCCUUUAUUUUUCAACUGUAACUUGUUGUCCUUUGCAAACUGCCGACACUACACACUCACAACUCACAAACCAUUUCUGAAACCUCAUCUCUCGCUUCUUGUUUUGCCAUUACACCCUUCUUCUCAUAUCUCAACUUUAAUUUGACUCAAAAUAAAUGGACAUUGGAUUAGCUAUGUCUGUUGUCCAAACUCUGUUUGCAGCAUUACAGUGUUCAGUGCUCAUAGAGAUUUGUUCCAACUUUGGUUACAAAUCCGAGCUUGAUGAUCUCCAACGUACUGUCUCCACUGUCAAGGCUGUGCUUCUCGAUGCCCAGACCAAGCUGGAGCUCUCCACUGAAGCACAAUUAUGGAUUGAGGAGCUCAAGGAUGCUGUUUAUGACGCCGAUGAUCUAUUCGAUAAGUUUGUCACUCUUGCUCAGCAGAAACAUAAGGAGCUCAAUAAGAGUGGGAAAGCCUCUGCCAAGCUCCGACGCUUUUGUUCUCGUUACAAUCCUUUUGGUUUUGCAUCCAAUAUGUCUCGAGAGGUUAAGAAGAUUCGAGAGGAGUUGGAUGCUAUUGCCAGUAACCAUACUAAGUUCGGCUUCUUAAGGGUUGAUUCACAGCCUAUUAGGAAGAGGAGGGAGGAGACUUGUUCUUAUGUCUAUGAGGAUAAUAUAGUUGGGAGGGAGGAUGAUGUGGAGAAGAUCAUAGGUACUAUCUUGCUAGAUAGUAACAUUCAAGGGGAUGUUUCUUUCAUCUCUAUUGUGGGAAUAGGAGGGUUGGGAAAAACUGCUCUUGCACAACUUGUGUUUAAUGAUGCAAGGGUCAUAAGUGCCUUUCCGUUGAGGAUGUGGACUUGUGUCUCUGAUCAUGAUCAGAAGCACUUGGAGGUAGAAGGGAUUCUUCGUAAGAUUCUAGCUUCAAUUACUGGUAAGCAACAUGAGGGAUGCACUAAGGAAUUGUUGCAGACCCAACUUCGAGAAAAGCUAUCAAGCAAGAGAUACUUGCUUGUUUUAGAUGAUGUAUGGACUGAGAAUCGCAAUCAAUGGCUUAACUUGGUAGAAUUCUUGUUAGGAGGUCAAAGGGGAAGUUGGAUUGUGGUAACUACACGUUCACUAGAGACGGCAAGAAUCAUAGAAGAUGGUUCACUACAUAAGCUGCAAGGGUUGUCAGAUGAGUGUUCUUGGCGGUUGUUCAAAAAGGUGGCAUUUGGAUCGGAACAAUCAAGCAUCCGUGAUGAUUUGAUUAAAAUUGGGGGAGAGAUUGUUCAAGGAUGUGCUGGUGUCCCUCUCGCUUUAAGAGUGGUAGGGAGUCUUCUAUAUGGUCAAGACGAUAGUAAGUGGCUGUCUGUUCAAAAGAUGGGGUUAGCCAAUAUUAGAGAAAGCCAAGAUGACAUUAUGCCUAUAUUGAAGCUGAGUUAUCAUAAUCUUGAGUCUUCUCUACAAACCUGCUUUAACUUUUGUGCAUUGUUUUCUAAAGAUUUUAAGAUCAACAAGCAAAUGUUGGUUAGUCUUUGGAUAGCACAUGGCUACGUCAUCCCACUAGAUAAACAUCAAAGCACAGAAACUGCUGCAGAUGAAUAUUUUUCUAUUUUAUUGCGUAGAUGUUUUUUUCAAGACGUAGAAAAAGAUGAAAUUGGUGAGAUUACAACAUGUAAGAUACACGAUUUGAUGCAUGAUAUUGCUCAGAAGGUUGCACAGAAGGAGGUUUGCAGAAGUAAUUCUGUCCCCGACAACAUAGAUUCAAAAGUUCGGCAUAUAUCCCUUACGGGACGUCAAUUUGCAAAAUUCUCUUUCACUAAGAACCACAUUCGUUCAUAUCUGAAUAUUGGGUUUUAUAAGACUAUGGAUCAGCUUUAUUUGGAGGCAUUACUAGCAAACUUCACAUGCUUAAGGGUGUUGGGCCUAGGACACUUAAACAUUGCAAGCUUACCAAGCACAAUAGGUGAAUUGCUGCAUCUAAGAUAUUUAGAUCUUUCACAUAACUAUUGGUUAAAAGCGCUUCCCAAGUCAAUGAAGAAACUGUAUAACUUGGAGACUUUAGACUUAAGCUUUUGUCAGAAUCUGAAAGAGCUGCCAAAAGAUAUAAGCGAGCUGGUUAAACUUAGGGUUUUGGAUGUACGGGGCUGCCGGUGUCUGAAUUAUAUGCCUUCUGGCUUAGGUAGGUUGACCAACCUUCAGAGGCUACCAACGUUUGUGUUACGUGAAACUAGUUUAAGUUUUAAGCAGUGGUUUCUUCCACUGGAAGACCUAAAACUUCUCAAGAAUCUUAAAGGUAAACUAAAAUUCCAUAUCAAAAUCUCCCAAAAUGCUGAGAUGGAUGGUAAAAGGGAAGGAGAAUACCUGAAGUACAAGGAACAUCUUAACAUGAUUAGUUUUGAUUUCAGUACAACAAAGGUUGAUGAAGGCGUUAAUGAUAAUGAGGAAAAACUACUGGAAGAGUUGCAGCCGCAUUGCAAUAUCAAGAAAUUGGCUUUGCUGGGAUACCAUGGUGUGAGAAUGCCAAGUUGGGUGAAUUCUCUUCAAAAUCUUGUUAUGAUGAAACUUACUUCGUGUGAGGAGUUGCGGCAUCUGACAUAUCUUGGAAAUAUGCAUAAUCUAAAAGUCCUUCAACUUGAAGACUUGCCGAACUUAGAAUACAUAACUGAAAAUUACUGUAGUGCAUCAGCAGGUUGCAUCAAUUCAGUAAAUUUGGCGCCAGCUGAAGUUCCAGGUGCAGAAAGCUUAUCAUUCCUUCCCUCCCUUAAAAAGCUUUUCUUUUCUAGGUUGCCAAAAUUGAAAAGAUGGGGAAGAGAAAAGGUGGGAAAAGAUCUUCACCAGCUCUUCGAUAGUAGCAGCAUGGCCAUGGAACCAUUGCAAUUACUGUCUCUUUCACAAUUGGAGUCAUUGUACAUAAGUCAGUGCCCAGAGCUCAUAUCUAUCCCAUCGUGUCCUGGGUUAGACGAUUUAUUUUUGAUUGGUUUCAAUGAAAGACUGCAAAUUGUAAAGAUAGAUAGGCAAAGGGAUACAUCAUCUGCUUCAUGGGAAUCGAACUUGGUCCCCAAAUUAAGGAAUGUUUUAACAGACAACGUGACAUGGUUAAAAUCACUGCCCAUGGAGUAUUAUCAGCAAGUCAUCUAUUUGACAUUACAGAGCGACCAAGAGGUGGAGAGUUUGGGAGAAGUUGAGCAAGUAUUUCUUAGCUGCUCGGCUUCCUUGAAAGAAUUGACAAUUGAUUAUUGUUAUAAACUGAGAGUAUGUGGAGGAUUGGAACAUCUCACUGCCUUGGAGACUUUAAGAAUAAGAGAGAGCCCAAAUAUAUUUGAAGAAGAGAGUAAGAGUGGAGUUGAUAAUAGAAUGCCAUGGCGAUCAUUUCAUCACUCCCUCCGCUUCUUGAAACUGGAAGGUGUUCAACAUCUGAUGGAUCUACCUAACUGGAUUCAGUACUGUGAUGCCCUCGAAACCCUCUCCAUUCACGGUUGCCAUAAUUUGAAAUCAAUUCCGACUUGGAUGUCAAAACUCACCUGCCUCAGGAGUCUUAUAAUCCGUGAUGGUCCAGAUAGCCUUCGGGAAAGAUGCCAAAAUCACACAGGUGAUAUUUGGCCCUACAUUCAACACAUUCCUCAUUGAUAUUUGCCAUCCAAGUUCGCAAAUUCCCACUGAGUGUCCUUUUUCAUAACGUUGAUGCAAAAUUAUAGACAAGAGUUGUUUGAGUAAUUGAAUUCUAUAUUAUUGUGAUUAAUCAGGAUUUUUGGUUUUUUUAGUGCAAGUUACCA